UAGAGAAAAUAAAGCUGUAGGUGGGAAGCAAUAAACAGAAGAUUCGAGUUAGAGCGACUCAGUGAAGAACUAAACACCGACUAAAGAUUCAACCAUUAUACGUCAAACCGACCAAACAGCGACCAAAGAUUCAACCAUUUCACAAGAAACCUGAUGGCGUGGCUCGUGAAGUUCCAAUCGGAAAACAACAAGCGAAGGAAACGACGAGUCUCGGUGGGCCCUGUCUGCAAAGAUGGUGCCGGUCUGUACCACGUCUCUGUACAGGGUGCUUUGUUCAUCGUCUUUCUUGCCUUCUGUCUGGGCAUGAUCAUUAGAACUGACAAGCUCUUGCUAAACACAAGGUCUCUCUUCGUGGGUCAGAAUCAUAAAACAGCAGGACAGAAAGCUUUAGAGUGGUGGAAGACAUCGAUCAUCUACCAGAUAUAUCCCAGGUCAUUUAUGGACUCGAUUGGGGAUGGAAUAGGGGAUUUGAAAGGGAUCACGACCAAGUUGGACUAUUUGAAGGAUCUAAACGUAGGCGUGAUCUGGCUAAGUCCUUUCUUCGAGUCCCCAAUGGCAGACUUCGGUUAUGAUUUGUCAAACCAGACUAGAGUGGAUCCUAUUUUUGGGACAAUGGAAGACUUCGAAAUCCUGUUGAAGACAGCUCAUGCAAAAGGUAUGAAAGUCAUAUUAGACUACAUUCCCAACCACACCAGUGAUCAGCACCCCUGGUUCAUAGAAAGUCGGAAAGGCAAUUCCAGUAACCCAUAUUACGAUUACUACGUGUGGAAAGAUGGUGUGGUCAAUAUCAACAAGACACGCUCACCUCCUAAUAACUGGCGCAGCUUUUUCUCCGGCUCUGCUUGGCAAUUUGACGAGAACAGGGAGCAGUAUUACUUCCAUCAAUAUCUUCCUCAACAACCUGACCUUAAUUGGAGGAACCCCAAAGUUCGUGAGGAAAUGGAGGGUGUCAUGCGGUUUUGGCUAGACAAAGGCGUGGAUGGCUUCAGAGUUGAUGCCAUACAGACGUUAUUUGAAGUUGAGGAUGUAUCAUUGAAUGAACCGCGUUCCUUCAAGCCAAAUGUCACCGAGGAAGAACACGAUUACGUCCGCCAUAUUUACACUCAGAACCAAGACGAGACUCAUGACGUCAUAAGGUCUUGGCGCCAGUUGCUGGAAGAAUACGAACUGAAAGACGGAAAGAAAAGGUUCAUGGUUGUUGAGGUGUAUGAUGAAGAUAUCAGUCAGGUGAUCAAAUUUUAUCAAAGUGGCGCCGAUAUGGCCUUUUACUUCGAUUUGCUGUUCCUGAACCGGACGUGUGGGGGAAAGUGCAUUCAAGCCAUAGUUAACAAGCUGUUGGAUCAUCUACCAGAAGGGAAAUGGCCAAAUUUUGUGCUUGGUAACCAUGACAACCCCCGAAUCGCUUCAAAGAUGGGGUUGGAGUUUGUGAACGCUCUGAACACCCUGUUAUUACUUCUUCCUGGCACGCCAACCACUUACUAUGGAGAGGAGAUUGGUCUAGAGAACAUUGAACUGUCAUACGAUGACACUCAAGAUCCCUUUGGGCGGUUUUAUGGCCCGGAGCGAUACCGGGAAGUAUCGCGAGAUCCCGUGAGGUCACCGAUGCAGUGGAACCACUCUUAUCAAAGCGGCUUUACAACGGCAUCAAAACCCUGGUUACCCAUCCAUCCAAUGUACACAGUCCUUAAUGUAGAGUCCCAAUCACGUGCCAAGAGCCCCAGUCACCUAAAGUUAUACCGACAGUUGGCUGUACUACGUGAGGAAGCCGCUUUUGAGCUUGGUUCAUUCGAAUACGUGCUCGUCAACGACAACAUCUUCUCGUUUGUGCGCAGAGUAGACGGCCAGCCAGCUUAUUUUGUUGCCAUAAAUUUUGGACACUCUGUUGCCAUGGAGGACUUUAGAUCCGGUGCAGAUGCCACCGAAGGAGAAGUUGUGUUCACGACUGGAAAUUUCCAGCACCAUAUUUAUGAAGUAGGACAAGAGUUGGAAUUGGAAAACAUCGUGCUUAAUCCAGGCCAAGGUAUAGUUAUGCGGCUGAAGAAUCCCGGGUUGAGAUGAUAUUCACUACAACACUCUUCACCAUUUCAUUAUCAUCCACGGCUGUAUAUAUAGGUUCAUGCAGGCUUUAGUUCAUUUUAUUCCUCCAUAGUCUUUCAGAAAAUCACAGAUCGUUCUGUGGCCAAUUCAUGCAGGGUAAAGGUUGUCCCAGUGUUAUGUACAAUGCCUUAUUGAUGUGUUGUGUACAUAGAUUUGUGGAUGCGUUACGUAUGUUGUGUUAAGAUGAAAUAUGUGUAGAGAUUUAUGGGUGUGUUAUGUGUGUUAAGUUACAGGUGUGUUAUGUGUGUUCAUUUACAGGUGUGUUAUAUGUGUUGAGUUAUAGGAGUGUUAUGUGUGUCGAGUUAUGUGUAGAAGAGUUGUGGUAUUUGGUAUGCGUAGAGUUCUGUUUGUUCAGUGUACUACAUGAUCCUUCUGAAAUCUGGGAAACAAUUAAUGCUGGCGAUUAUGAAUUUAAUAGUACACACAGCUGAAUAUGUAAAUACACUUUAAAAAAAUGUUUUUACAACACUGACCUGCUGACUUUAAUUAUUUGCUAAAUGCGAAACUGGAGCGAAGGUUUAAGCAAACAUGUUAAAAUUCGUUACAUAACAAACUGAUGUCUUCCCAGCACAA